GUGUGGCAAGUGAAGGCGCGCGUGAUUGUGUCGCAUGCGACGAAGCAAAACCAGCGGAAGUACGGCGGUGAAGUAGUUACGCACGCGAAUGUGAAUGCGAAUACGAAAAUUAAAAAAAAAAAAAACAAAAAAAAAACAAAAAAAAAAACGAAUGCGUUAUCUAGGCAACUAAGGCAAGAGAAGUGUAACAAAUUAUCAGACCAGUGAAGUGAUGGUGUGUGCGUGUGUGAAAGGGGAUAUUGCAGUGCGAUAGUAAGGAUAAGCAAGUAAUUUGUUGCUAAUAUUUCUAAAAAAUAAUGCUAGAAUUGGCACAGUGCUGAUAUUUUAUAAACAAAAUGUAAGCAAAACACAAAAUCAGCGCCAUAUAAAAAUAUUUACAUGGCCUACAUUUAGGUGCUGGUGCGCUUCUGUAUUUUUAUUUUGAUUUUUUCAAACUCAUUAAUAUUUCAUGUAAACAUUCAAUACAACAACCUUGAAACUCAUAUGAAUGCGAUUUUUUGUCAAAAAUUGUUGCUAAGCUGCAAAUAAAAAUCGAUGCAGCACCGAAAAGUAGGCAACUAAGCACAAGUACAAGUGAUAAUAACAACAAAAUAUGUGCACAUUGGUGAUUGAUUUCGCUCGGCAGCCAAACUUGCGCAUAAACUGACCGCUGUGUACCUGUACGAGUAUAUGCGUAUAUCACACAUUUACAACACAACAAAUAGAAAUCAUGGCUACUCAACAGCUUCAUCAAAAUAAACGACUGCUGCAGCGACUGAUAUUGCAUUUUGAGAGUAAAUUAGAUUUUUAUAGAUAAAAUUUCGUGCAACGAAUAUUUGUAUACAAAUGUGUAAAUCUAACAAUUGAUUUGCAUUUUCAAAACAAACAAAAAAUAAAAAAAAAGAAUUUGAUAAUAUUAAAGAAAAGAGGAAGUGAGCCAAAAUGUGCUCCACAACCCAAUUUUGUUUACUCAAUCUGCGCACAUAUUUGAUCUACUUAUGCUGCUAUCUGCUGAUAAUGGUGGCGGCAGGUAGCCGAGUAGUCAACGGUCUAAAGUGUUAUUGUAAUCCAAAGGAGUGUGAUGUCAUACGUUCGCUGGAUUGUCCAGGGAAGGGCAUGAUGCUGUGGGAUCCUUGCAAAUGUUGUCGCAUUUGUGCUAAAACACUUGGUGAAGCUUGCGGUGGUCCUGGCGGCUUCUCGGGUCAAUGUGAGCCACCGCUACAGUGUGUCACAAAAUUACCCAUAACCAGCGGGCUAGGUGUCUGCAUGGACUUACCCUCUACAUCGUCCUCCCUGCAUUCCACAUAUCACAGCAGUAAAUACAAUAAAAAUUGUACAAACGAUGAGACAAUAGUGAUAGAGCCUGGUUGCGAAAUCACCAAUAAACGUUGCCAAUGCUGGCCAACAUUACGACUGUGUCGCUCAAACGCCAUCGACGAUACGGACGCACCGGCGACGACAGAUAUACGAUGGCACUUCAAAACAUUAGAGGACUGCCAAUUAAAUUUACAAAAUUUAAUCAAAAUCGAAAUGGAAUUCGACGAAGAUUACACAAUUUCACCGAGCACAUUUACGUAUAAAAAAUUGCGAAGGAAGCGCAGAGCGUUAACGAAACGUAGAAUGACCAUUACACAUUAAGGAUACAGCGAAGUUAGCACCGUUCCUGUAAAUCCACAUACACACAACCACCAACAAACCCUAGAGAAGUCCUGCUAAGAGCAUACUACUAAUAACGAGAAGUUAAUGAACGAAAUAAAGUAAAAUAUAUUGAAUAGUUAAGAUAACAAUUUAGCCAUAAGAAAUAAAUAUACAUACAUAUAUAUAAUUGCAUAGGUAUAGACAGCAUAUACAUACAGAAAAGCGAAGCUAUAAUAAAUAUUAACAGUCAAGUGUUUGUAAAAAGAAGUUAAUGUAAGAGUAAGCAAAAGAAAAAGAAGGUGUAUCGCUAGCUGAAGAAAGAAUUUUAAAUAAAACUCUUUUAAAUGCAAUAAGAUUUUGUUUAAUUAAAUUUGUUUUUAAAUAAUUAAAAAAUUUUGCUUUAAACUUUCUUUUAGUUCUUUGUAUUUAGGUAGAUUAUUUUCAUGCCAUCUUCUCAGAGGGCUCGUUUGUAGACCGAAUUGUUGAAUAGACCUGACAUUGGGAUGUAUACUUGUUACAUAAUUGAUCACAAACUGAUCCACAACUUGCGUUUGAGAACCGUCUUUUUGGUGAACAUGACGAGCCUCAUUGCAUGCGGAUAUAUUUAAUACUUUUUUCUAUGCAUAGUUUAAGGCUCGUUCGACAUCACAUCUUUUUUGUGUCGAUUGUAAUUUAAAUAAUAAUAAAAUUUUCAGUUUUGAUGUAAGAUUGGUGAUCGAGGUAACUAAUUACUUCUCGGCUUAGCUUAUAAAAAAAAAUGUGUAUAAGUACCUCAGACUCCAACUGUAUAUGAGUUUUUUUCAGUUAAAAGCCCAAAUCUUUGAACUCAAUUCCUAGUGAAGACUCGAGAAAAACGUUUAAUUUUUAAAGAAAUAAAACCUAGAUUUCAGUAAGCCUGUAGAUUUUCGCCCAGAUGGAUGUGCAUAUUUUUCACAGGUGGGUGGUAGAUAUAUAUUUUUUCGUUUUUAAAACGAGUUCCCGAAGGUUGCCGCACUUUUUUAUUUUUUUGUUAUAUUGAAAGAAGAUAUUUAUGCAAGAAAAAUUAUUCGUUGUUAAAUCUUUCUAAAAAUUGUGUGGAUAUAUGGAAUAUAAAUGGUAAAUAAUUGACUGAAAAAGAGCAAUUUUUCAAUUGUAACCCUGCCUCUGGACCCAAUUCUGCCAAAGUGAUUCAGUGUUUUGAAAGUUUAAGCUUUUCAUGCAAAUAAAAUUCAAUUCUAUUAGAAUAGAUAGUAAAUAUUUGACUAAAAAAUUUUUUUUCUUAGAUAGGAACCCUGUCUACAAACCCAAAUCCAAGUCCAUGUCCACCGAAAUUAGUCCCACUGUUCUGUUGGUUUAAAAGUAUAGGCUUUUUAUGCAAAUAAAAUUCAGGAUUGUUA